UUCCCAUCACCAAACAAGUAAAGCUUUCAAAAUCUGUACUCUCCCAAUUAAAUCGGGGGAAAAUUCUUUACCUUUACCUUGUCGCUUUAUUUUUUCUGUAGUUUUAGCAAUGGCGUUGAAGAAAACCUUGGUGGAGAAGCUUUUCAAUAUUUCGAAAAUUUCUUCACAGGCUGUUACUAAUUGCCGGAUUUCCUCAUCAACGGUUCAAAACCGAAUCCCGCAGACGGCCGGCAAAUCUACGACCGACAUAGCCCCGGAUCCAGGUGAUCGUAUAGGUAACGGUAAGGAAAAUGGCGUGUUCAAGAGAUUCCUUCAUAAAGGAGCUACGGUUUCACCGGCAGUGAGGACGUUACCGAUGGGUAAGGAUUUGAAAGAGAGGUUGAAGGAGAUUGAUAUGUCGAAGGAUAGGAUCCGUUUGGAUGGGUUGAGUCCGCACUUAGCGGCGAAACCUGCGGUGCCGGAGGUAGCCUCACUGUCGAUUCAGGAAACCAAGAAGUUGUUAAGGGUUGCGCAGUUGGAGGUGGUGAAAACGAGGCUGAGGGAGACCGGUAAAACAUGGAUUUCUCAUUCGGACUUUAUUCAGAUAUGCGGAGAGAGUUGUUCGGAUCCCGAGCAGGGACGGCAGUUUGCGAAGUUGCUAGACGAAUCUGGAUCUGUUAUCGUUCUGGGAAACGUCGUCGUUUUACGUCCCGAUCAGGUAGCAGAAGCACUAGGAGGUCUGAUUCCUUUACCAGUUCCGGGUCCCAAUGACCCGAGAAGAAAAGAGCUGGUGGAGUUGGAGAAGAAGAAGGCCGUGAUUGAUGAAAAAGCCGAUUCCUUGGUCCGUCGAGAGCUGUGGUUCGGCCUGUCCUACUUGGUUGUUCAGACCGCCGGAUUCAUGAGGCUGACCUUCUGGGAACUGACGUGGGAUGUGAUGGAACCCAUCUGUUUCUACGUGACUUCCGUGUAUUUCAUGGCCGGCUAUGCAUUUUUCCUCAGGACAUCCAGGGAACCUUCAUUUGAAGGUUUUUACCAGAGCAGGUUCAACGCAAAGCAGCAGAAGCUCAUCAAGGCUAAUAAUUUUGACACCCGUAGGUAUAACGAGCUCAGAGAAUUAUUUUACCCCAAUUCAUCGUCGUCGUCGUCGGAUCAAGCAUUCAAACGGCCUCGUUUUAAUGUUUUAUAAAAUUCACAAUA